AAAAGAAUUGAAGAAAUGUGCCAAACCACAAAUGAUAAAAGCAAUUUAGAGAAUACAGGGAGAAAAACGAAUACAUAAAGAGAGAGAGAGAGAGAUUCUCAGAAUAAGAAUCGUUGGAGAGAUGGGUUCAGAUGGAGGUCUUGAGAGCUCGAAGCGGUUUCUAGCGACAUGGUUGAUUGGAGGUGUGGUUGCAGGGUUGUCGGUUUUGGGGUUAUGCGCCGCUUGGCCGCAGCUCUCUCCUCUAGCUAUUGUUGGGAAGAAGAAGAAGAGGCCCAUACGUGUCUACAUGGAUGGUUGCUUUGAUAUGAUGCAUUACGGCCACUGCAACGCACUCCGUCAAGCACGUGCUCUCGGUGAUCAAUUGAUUGUUGGCGUUGUCAGCGAUGAUGAAAUCACUACUAAUAAAGGCCCUCCGGUUACCCCUCUUCAUGAAAGGAUGCUUAUGGUCAGUGCUGUGAAGUGGGUUGAUGAAGUUAUUCCUGAUGCACCUUAUGCCAUAACUGAAGAAUUCAUGAGGAAGCUGUUUGAUGAGUACAAUAUAGAUUAUAUCAUUCAUGGAGAUGAUCCAUGCAUUCUGCCCGAUGGAACUGAUGCAUAUGCCCUUGCAAAGAAAGCUGGCCGCUAUAAACAGAUAAAGCGAACAGAAGGAGUGUCAAGCACAGACAUUGUUGGGCGGAUGCUUCUUUGUGUAAGGGAGAGGACAAGUGGUGACAGCCCUAGUCAUGCUUCCUUGCAAAGACAAUUUAGUCAUGGUCACAACCAGAAAUAUGACGAUGGUGGCUCUGGCAGCCGAACUCGUGUUUCUCAUUUUCUUCCUACAUCUCGCAGAAUUGUUCAGUUUUCUAAUGAAAAGGCAGCUGGACCGGAUGCACGCAUAGUUUACAUAGAUGGUGCAUUUGAUCUGUUCCAUGCUGGACAUGUGGAGAUUUUAAGACUAGCUCGAGGGCUUGGAGAUUUUUUACUUGUUGGGAUUCACACAGAUCAAACUGUGAGUGCCAAUAGAGGAGCGCACCGCCCGAUCAUGAAUCUCCAUGAGCGAAGCCUAAGCGUUUUGGCUUGUCGAUAUGUGGAUGAGGUGAUUAUUGGUGCUCCCUGGGAGGUUUCAAGGGACAUGAUCACAACCUUCAAUAUCUCUUUAAUUGUGCAUGGGACAGUGGCAGAAGAUGAUGAUUUUGAAAAGAACGAACGCAAUCCAUAUGACGUUCCAGAGAGUAUGGGCAUAUUUAAAGUGUUAGAAAGUCCUCUGGACAUCACAACCAGCACAAUAAUAAAGAGGAUUGUAUCAAAUCAUGAGGCUUAUCAGAAACGUAACGAAAGGAAGGGAGAAAGUGAGAGAAGGUAUUAUGAGGGUAAAAGUUACGUAUCGGGUGAUUGAUGUACUUCAAAGUGGCUGAUGUAUGAGUCGGGCGUAUACGUACAACAGGAAAUCAGAUUUUUAAGGUAUCUCUCUGAGUAGUGAAUAGCUCUUCUCGCCAAUACGAUUUUGUUUUCGGGGUGUUGGGAGAUGGGCAGUUGAAUCUUGACUGCAUAUCUGCAUGUAGGAUUUAUGUAGAUUACUUUUAACCCCCACCCUGACCCUGCUGCUACUGUUGUUUCUUGAUGCCCAAAGUUUGUGUUGUCUUUGUAAUAAUGAUAUUUUUGGAUGUUAUAAAUGUAUUCCUUUGAUGUUAUGUGAUAAAAAGGCAACUUCUUGCUUUCUUC